UACUAGGGAUGUUGGGUCUCAGACCGGUAUUAACUUUCAACCCAACAACAACAAUGUCUGACAGUAAAGUGUAGUGUACCGUGAAGAAGUUAAGUUUCUAUCACUUGUCUGAAGGCUCAACAAGAUAGUUGUGAGGGUUGUAGAGCAGCUAAAACAGACAAGAUGCCUCCAAAGCGUAACAUUGCAGCUGAGGACCUGGAUGACGCAGAUGAUGACGAGGUUGAAAAGUUGAUCAACAAAGAUGAUGAUGUAGCAGAUGAUGAUGAAGACUUCUUCCUUAGAGGUCCUUCCAGCAAAAAAACUGUACGAUUUGUCGAUAAAUUAAAGGAUGUGCGAGUGCAGAUUGCUGAAGUCACUGAUGUGAUGCGUGACAAUGUUGGGAGGUUAUUGGAAAGAGGAGACCAGCUGGAUAACUUGCAGGACAGAUCAGAAGGCUUGGCAUCCACCUCUGACCAGUUCCGCACCUCUGCUACUCGCCUUAGACGCAACAUGUGGUGGCAAAAUACACGUGCCAAGCUGUGCAUUGGUGGUGUAGUAGCAGUCCUCCUGCUUGUGAUAUUCAUUCCAGUGAUAAUCAAAAUGAAUUCUUAAGAUGCCCAGUUCUUCAAAUACACUCGAAGAUUGUGAGAAAACUAGUCGCUGGUACUACAGACUACCCUCAUGACAAGAAUGAAUAAGUAUAGCACAACAGUUUGUUGAAUCAGGUCAGUAGUUUCACAUGGAGAUAUAGGUUAUUUAAAAUUUUUGUGUUACUAUAUUGCCUCUCCUCUCUUCUGAAUUGUAUCAAAAUCUCAGUAGCUGGCAACUAUACCUUAUUAAUCAUUUCACCUGUUUUGAUUACUGUAAUUCUUUUAUUCAUACUAAAAUAAUUUCUUAUACUGUAGUUAGAGGGCAACUAAUGAUUAAAUUAUUUAACAAAAACAAUUCAAUAUUAUCUUAUCAAUUAUGGUUAGUUUUAUAGUACUACCGAGGUUAUAGUGACCAUUAUGUUGGAAUAGGAUUUUGCAUGCAUGAUUUUGUUUUGCAAUGGGAAACAGCUUCUUAGUCUUGAUCAAAUUAAUUUUUAUUUAUACAGUAGUUUUAUUAGGGUUAAGAUCUAUCACUGCACAAGAUUCAUAAAGGCCAGUUUUGGUUUAUAAAUAUAGAAUGCUCUUACCAUAUUAGUUUAUUUUUUAUUAUAACAUCCUUUCUAAAUAUAGUUACUAUAGUAUAAAAAAAAUAUGAAUAAUUGAUUUAUCCCUCAUACAAAGCAGAUUUAAUGCCUUAUUCUAAUGGUUAGUGACUGGUAUCUUUAUAAAGUGAUAAACUGGUAUCUGAUGUAUUUGUGGUAUACUCUUCCAUUUGUUUACAUAACUGCAGUAAUUUAACGUUAAGCCAUAAGAAACCCUAAUAUUUAUAUUACUCUUCUUGGAAAGGUAUAAAAGUUAAUUGACAGAGUCUAGUAUUGUACUGCACAUGAUUAUUGUGCAUGAUCAGCUAUUUCAAAAUCUACUUUGUGUAUUUAUAGCCAAGUGUAACAGUAAUUAAUAUAAAUGUGUGCAGGAAAAGUUUACCAUGUUGUGUACAGUACUAUACCCACAUUAUGCCUUUCCUAUAUGUAUAUAUAUAUAUUGUAUGUAGAAUAAUGUGAUGAUUGCAUUUCUGUGUAAAGCCCAAGUAUGAAGUGAUACAAACAUUGUAGCUCAGCAAAAGUCAUUUGCAUUUUAGUUACUCUAUGGUAAUGAUUCAUUGUUUCAUAACUGUUUUUGGCAACUAUAACUUGUCAUCAAAGAUUAUACGUAUGUAGACUCAAAAAUUAUGAUUGUAAACAACUCGUGGAAAGGGCAGGAUUCAAACCUAUGUGAAACGAGUUGUAAAGCUGGCAAGCCAUGGUGUAGUGGUUAGUGCACUGGCCUACUAAUUUUAGAACUGGCUUGCCAUGGGUUCAAAUCCUGUCUGUUCUGUGAAUUAUUUGUAAUGUUUAGGUAUAUGAAGAACUUCUUUUCCCCAUUUAUUGUCAUCAUACUACCACUAACAUAAGUUAUAUACCUCUGUAUUGUAAUUUACUAAAUGUAAUGCAGUACUGUAUUAAGGAAAAAAUCUUAUAGGAAACUGGUCAUAUUGUAAUUAUAUUUUCUCAAUUUCUCAGUGGAUUUUCAAAGGAAAUAAUGUUACUGGUGUAUAAGUUAGCAGUUUAUGACAGUUUGUACUUAAACUUUUAACUUCAUUAGUAUGGAUGUAGUAUUUGUAAAGAUAUUUGUUGUCCCACUUCUUGGAGGAUCCCUUGAUCUAAGGAAUUGGAUCUCUUCUCCCCUUCCUUGGAUCUAAUCUAAAUACCCCCAUCGUCUCCUUUUGACUUUAUUAUUUUUUAUUUUGCCCCUUUUGUGAAAUCCAUCUUCAAGACAGAAGGGAAAUGGAAUUCUUAGGAGCCCUAUUAUAGUGUAACUUUCAUUAAUAGUGCUAAGUCAUCUUUUUUGAACACUAGAGGUUAUCCAAGUCAGUCCAGGAUGCCGGGAAUAAGGUUCAAUAUUUUUGAUCGUACAGCACCUGCACAUGAAAGCUGUUUCUAGAAUCUGGUCCUCAUUACCAUAGAAAAGUGUUCAAAAUUUGAAUCUGAUAGGCUGAGGGGUUCUUGAGUUAUGAGGGAAAUAAAAUUGAAAAGUUGGAGGAAGGAUAAAAAAAAUUCAGGCAAACUUUUAAAGGUAAUCCUUUGGGGAUACCAAAUAAGGGUAGUACAGUGUCUGAAUAAUCAGGUUUGAUUCUCCCCAAAAAAGGGGGGGAGGAACUUACUCUAAGUCCUUUGAUCAAGAGCACUUCACCAGUAUUGAGGCAGUCUUCCUUGAAAGGACAAGGUCUGUUGAUAAGUUUUGGUACGUGAGCAUCUUAAUUAUAUGCUGUACAAUGGUGUAAAAAUAACAAGUGCUUCAAGACACAAGUUUAUGAAUGCUUUAUUCGUUACCAGAUAUAAAAUAUUUCAUUUUAUUAAAUUACUUAACUGUAUAAUGUUUUACCAAGGGAAUGUUGCAGCUAUAACAUAUCCUCGGUACAACAUUUUGAAACUGCAGCUAACUCUUUGUCAGUUUUCUAUGUCACUGCAGCUUAUAUUUGUUUAACAACUCUUCUAAGCAGGUUUAAUUAUUGCCCCAUCUCAGGUUAACAUGCCCUUACAUCAUUCAUGUAUUAAUGUUGGUAGAAUUACCAACAGUACGUUAAGUAAAAGGAUACGAGUGCAACUAAUGUGACAUUUUAUUGUUGCAAAAAUGUUGCAUUAGUUGCACUUGUGUCCUUUUACUUUACAUCAUUCAUGUCUCCAUGUAAGAAACUUGUAAAAAUAGUUUGUAUUGUAUGCUGGAAGUGUUUUAUUUCUUGAAUACAGUUACAAGUUUUGGGGUUUAAUAUAAAAUUUGACCACCCAACUUAGAUCAUCUUUGUUGUAAAUGUAUUAAUUACUGAAAGUCAGUAUGCAGUUUAAUUUCAAUGAAGUGUAAUUUUUAUUUUACUUUAUAAUGAUUCUAUAAUUAUUUUUUAUAAAUGGUUAAAUUUUUUUGAAUAAAGGGUAUUUAUUUUUGUAUUUUAAAACAUGUACUGAAGUAAUCUAUAGAUGCAAAUUAAAUGUAUGCAAUUGGUAUAAAAUACCUUUAUUUACUUGUGUAAAUAUUGCUCCUAUAGAUCUGGCCAAUGACUUUAUAAAAUUAACAUGUAAAUUUUUUGACACAGCUUAAGUAAAAACUCGAUCAGAUCUAGUAUACUGUAAUGUACAUAUAAUAUUGUAUAGUGUAAUAAAAUUAGCAUGACAUA